UUGAGUUUUUGUGAGGCUACAGGAAAGACUCUCAAUUUGUACUACUCGCAGAAAGAAGCAAUGAUGAAGCUGGAAAUUAGCAUCGUUUUACUGCUGUGUACUUGGGCCACACUGGCACGGGAUUUCAGGAAUCCGAGAGAACUCGGAAAGAUUAAAACCAUGGAGGAAGAGUUAAAUGCUCUAAAAAAUGAAGUCAGGAUUCUAACAAGCAAAAAUAAAGAAAGGGCACAAGUAGCCUUUUCAGCCUCACUGUAUGGUUCAGUGGGCUUCAAAAAUUUUGGGCCUCAUGAAGAAGCAACCACUCUUGUGUAUGAUAAUGUUUUUACAAACAUUGGAGAGGCUUAUGACAAAAAUACAGGAAUCUUCACUGCACCAGUAAAAGGAGUUUAUUUCUUCAACUAUGUGGUCUUCAAUCCUUCAGAUUAUGCAACCGGUGUGAGACUGCUAAAAAAUGGCAAUUUUGUGGUCGCGGCAUCAGAUAACCCUAACGGGCAAGACAGAGAAGACACUACGAGCAACUCGGUUAGUCUUAUUCUUGAACAAGGGGACCAGAUACAUCUUCAGCUCAUGGAGAACCGUCGUGUCUACGAAGACACCUGGAGACGUAACACCUUCAGUGGGCACCUACUGUUUGCUUUGUGAAGUUUCUGCCCAUGUGAAUUUCUGAUGACACAGUAUGUUAGUCCAAAUGCAGUGUUUUAUUCAGAUACAACAUAGCUAAAACUUUUCUAAAGCUGUGAAAAUAAAAAAAAAAGAAUGCUUUGCAGAACAAAAACAAAUCCAUUAAAUACUAAGAAGUUUUAAUAUAGCCUACACAAAUCAUUCAAAUGUAGCACAAAUUUCUAUAUGCUGUGUUGAUUUUUGUUUAAGGAUUACUCCUCUUCCAAAAUAAAAAUGUCCUGAUAAUUUA